CUGAAGUGUAGUUGAGCUGUUGUGUGUUUGUGUCUCUGUAUUCAUACAGUAAAAUGGCAGGAGCCCAGUUUUUUCAAGAUGAGUUCUUGUGUUCAGUGUGUCUGGAUCUCCUGAAGGAUCCAGUGACCACUUCCUGUGGACACAGUUACUGUAAGAGCUGUAUUACAGGCUGCUGGGAUCAGGAGGAUCAGAUGAGAGUCUACAGCUGCCCUCAGUGCAGACAGACCUUCAGUCCAAGACCUGCUUUAGCUAGAAACACCAUGCUGACUGAAGUGGUGGAGAAACUGAAGAAGACCAAACUUCCUGCUGACUGUUACGCUGGAGCUGGAGAUGUGCAGUGUGACGUCUGUACUGGAAGAAAAUACAAAGCCGUCAAGUCCUGUCUGGAGUGUCUGAACUCUUACUGUCAGAAUCACCUUGAACAACAUGAGAGUUUCUUUAAAGGAAAGAGACACAAUGUGACUGAUGCCACUGGACGACUGCAGGAGAUGAUCUGCCAGAAACAUCAGAAGAUCCUUGAGGUUUUCUGUCGCACUGAUCAGAAAUGUAUAUGUGUGCUGUGUACGAUUAUUGAACAUAAAAACCACGACAUUGUAUCAGCUGAAGAACAGAGGACAGAGAAACAGAAGCAGCUGAAGGAGACGCAGAAGACGUUCCAGCAGAGAAUCCAGCAGAGAGAGAAAGAUCUUCAGCAGCUGAGAGAGGCUGUGGAGUCUCAUAAGCGCUCUGCACAGACAGCAGUGGAGGACAGUGAGAGGAUCUUUACUGAGCUCAUCCGCUCCAUUGAGAGAAGCCGCUCUGAGCUGAUACGACUGAUCAGAGAUCAGGAAAAGCGAGCGGUGAGUCGAGCUGAAGGACGACUGGAGCGACUGGAGCAGGAGAUCAAUGAUCUGAGGAGGAGAGACGCUGAGCUGGAGCAGCUUUCACACACACAGGAUCACAUCCAGUUCCUGCAGAGUUUCCAGUCUCUCUCAGCACCUCCUGAAUCUACAGAUGGAAAUGACGAUCCCUUCAGUUCUCUUGUCUCUUUUGAUGGUCUGAGAGAAUCUGUCCAUCAGCUGAGAGACAAACUGGAGGAUUUCUGCAAAGAGGAGCUCAAGAAGAUCUCAGACAGAGUCACAUUCACCAACAUUGUUCCCAGGACCAGGAACGACUUCCUACAAUAUUCCCAUCAGCUCACUCUGGAUCUGAACACAGUGAAUAAACACCUCCGUCUGUCUGAGAACAACAGAGUGAUUACAUACACUUACACAGAUCAGUCGUAUCCUGAUCAUCCAGACAGAUUUGAUGUGUAUCCUCAGGUGUUGUGUAGAGAGAGUGUGUGUGGACGCUGUUACUGGGAGAUUGAGUGGAGUGGAGAUGGUUAUGGUGUGUUUAUAUCAGUGUCAUAUAAGAGCAUCAGCAGGAAGGGACGGGGUAAUGAGUGUUUGUUUGGAUGUAAUGAUCAGUCCUGGAGUUUGUUCUGCUCUCCCUCCAGUUACUCAUUCAGACACAAUAACAUAGAGACUGAUCUCCCUGUAAAGUCCAUCAGCAGUAGAAUAGGAGUGUUUGUGGAUCACAGUGCAGGAACUCUGUCCUUCUACAGCGUCUCUGACACAAUGAGCCUCAUCCACACAGUCCAGACCACAUUCACUCAGCCGCUCUAUCCUGGGUUUUAUGUUAAUUAUGUUGGAUCAUCAGUGAAACUGUGUUGAUGAAUCAGAAUAGACUGAUGAGAGAUUCUACCCAUAAUGCUUUGAGCUGCAUGAUGAAUCAGUAACAGUGAGAUGUUAUAGAGUCUCUUGUUUUCUCUUCAUGACAUUAAUACUGCAGCUGAACUUCUGUCAGUGAAAUAACAUGUCAGAAUAAAUGUGUGUAAUAAAUCCUCAUAUAGACAGUAAGAUCAGUGUGUGUGUGAGUCCUGCUGAGUGAACAUGUGUUUCUGUGCUUUUCUCAACCUAAAUGUUCUUAC